CUAAUACACCAGAAACAUUCAGUAAUAAAACAAAUUCAAAUGGACGAGCAACAGUUAUUCUAACACGCGAGGGUGCUACAGUAUAGAUCAAUGUUUGGGUGACUGAGCCACCAUUUGAACUGAACUACUGUUGCCGCCUUGACUCUACCGAUGAACGAAGGCAGGGAAUAACCGGUCAUUCUAGAAAUCUGCGUGAAAAAGCGUGAAAAUGUCGGCUCACAAGACAUUUAUUAACCAGUGCAGGCUUGCAAAAAAGCUUAAAACAAACAGGCCUAUCCCGCAAUGGGUGAGAAUGCGCACAGGAAACACAAUUCGGUACAACGCUAAGAGGCAUCAUUUGAGGAGGACGAAGCUGAAGCUGUAA